AUGCUUAAACAACUCGCGUCGACGAAAAGCACAAUAUUUCGUUCCUUCCUAUCACAACAAAAUAGUCUAAUUUCGGCCGCUGCCACGACACAAUUUACGAAAAGAGCAUUCUCAACCACCCAGAGUUUAGAGUCGGUUCUUUACAUUGGUAACGUUAGUUGGAGCGCGACUGAACAAGACCUCAGUGAACUAACCUCAAAAUAUGGCGAGGCUACUAUUCGUCUGCCACGAGAUCAAAUGGGUCGCGUUCGUGGUUUCGCAUUUGCAGAAUUCGCCGAAGAGGAAGCAGCUCAGAAAGCUAUCGCUGAUUUGGAUGGAACAAGCUUCUUGGGUAGAGACUUAAAGGUGAGCAUAGCUCAAGGGAGCUCUAGUGGCGGUGGCGGUGGCGGAUAUAUUAAUGGUCCUCGAUUUGGGGGUGGUGGUGGAGGUCGAGAUUACGGUGGUGGAGGAUUCGGUGGUGGCGGUGGUCCUCCUCGAUUCGGAGGUGGUGGCGGUUUUCCACGAAGAGACUUCGGUGGUGGUGGCGGUCGAGAUUACGGUGGACGUGGUGAUUAUGGUGCUUCAAGAGGUGGUGGUAGCAGCUUUGGAGGGGGUGGUAGUGGUGGUGGCAGCUUUGGAGGAGGAGGUGGCGGUGAUCGACGCCGUAGUUAUGACGAUGAUGAAUAA